GUUGUUUUCCCUUGGCACUCUCUCUAUUCCCCUCACCGAUAACGGAAUCCAAAUAAUCGGCGAUGUUUUCACUCUCUCUCUCUCUCUCUUCCACCAUCGCCGAGUAACUCACAAAUGCAACUACCUUAACUAGUUAUUUCUCUCUCUCUCUCUUUUUUUUUUUUUUUACGGUUGCUUUGUUCUGUGAGUUUCUCAACACUCCUAUUUCAUUUGUUUCCGGCAGCCGGAAAAUUAUCCGGCGUGUACUCCGGUACGAAAGAACCAGCUCAGGAUUCUGUUUUCUUUAUAUUUUGUUUCUGUUUUCCUCUGAUCGGAUCUAUUUUUCGCCGUCGGAAUAAUCAUCGGAAGAAAAUCGACGGCGAUGUUGAAGUGAGAACGAACUAGCUGAGUUUUAUUGCUUUAAGCUAAUAAAGAAAUAGAAAGAAAAAAUAAAUAAAUAAAUCUAAGAGUUCGGUUUAGGUUGUUGAAGAUUUAUAAGAGGCGUAUCGUAUUAUCAUCAUGUUCGAUCUUAAUCUAAAUGCGGAUUGCGACGAUUCGACUCAGAACGGUGACUCGGCAGUUGUGACGCUGUGCGAGAAGCUUCCAGAAGGUUCCUGGAACCAAAUGACGGAGUCGACCGGGACAUCGAACUCCUCCGUCGUCAAUGCCGACGGUUCGAGCAACAACGACGACUCGUCGUGCUCUACGCGCGUCACCGACAACGCGCUCACUUUCAAUUUCGGAAUCCUGAAAGCGGACGACAACGGCGUCGUGACGAAGGAGCUGUUUCCGGUGAACGGAGGAGCGAACUUCGUUGAUUCCGUGAACUGGCAGAAGAGUAAGUUUCAAGGAACGAACGGCUCGAUUGAUCUCUCGUUCAAUCGGCAGGGAGUGGUGGACGGUGAGGUAAAGGUGGUUCAGGUUCAUCAACCGGCGAAGAAGAGUAGAAGAGGACCAAGGUCUCGGAGCUCGCAGUACAGAGGCGUCACCUUCUAUAGAAGAACAGGACGAUGGGAAUCGCAUAUCUGGGAUUGCGGUAAACAAGUUUAUUUGGGCGGAUUCGACACUGCUCAUGCUGCUGCUAGAGCCUAUGAUCGAGCUGCUAUUAAGUUCAGAGGAGUUGAAGCUGAUAUCAAUUUCAAUCUGAGUGAUUACGAGGACGAUCUUAAACAGACGAAGAAUCUAUCCAAGGAGGAAUUCGUGCACAUACUCCGUCGCCAAAGCACUGGUUUCUCAAGGGGGAGUUCAAAGUACCGAGGAGUGACACUCCACAAGUGUGGCCGUUGGGAGGCUCGAAUGGGACAAUUCCUUGGCAAAAAGUAUAUAUAUCUUGGGCUAUUCGACAGCGAAGUAGAAGCUGCAAGGGCUUAUGACAAGGCUGCUAUCAAAUGCAAUGGAAGGGAAGCAGUGACUAACUUUGAGCCAAGUACAUAUGAAGGAGAGAUGAAAUCUCCAGCCAUCAAUGAAGGUGGCAGUCCUAAUCUUGAACUUAAUUUGGGUAUAGCAACUCCAGGACAUGGUCUGAAAGAAAACAGGGGGCAACUCCAGUUCCCCUGGGUCCCUUACAGCAUGCAUGCUGGAAGAACAAUGCUGGAAACCAAUGUUAAUUCGGUAAUUGGUAAUCCAUCUUCAGAAAGGCUAAUUGCAACUGAAGAGCAUCCUUCUCCGUGGAAUGGCGUGAAUCCUAGUUUCUUUCCCAAUCAGGACAGAGCUGAUAGGAUCAGCAUAGAUCAUUCCAAAGGACUCCGCGGUUGGCCAUGGCAAAUGCACAACCAAAUCACUGCUACCCCAGUGCCUCCUUUCUCUGUUGCAGCAUCAUCAGGAUUCUCCAUCUCAGCUACAUUUCCAUGGAACGCCAUCUUUCCGGCAAAAUCCAUGAACUCAACUCCCCAAAGUCUUUGUUUUCCUUCAUCUGCCGCUCCUAUCAGCACUGCAACUCAAUAUUACUACCAGGCUAAGCCCCGGCAGGCACCACCCUAGCACCUGUAAAACAGAUUGAAGACAAAACAAUAAGAAUUUGUUUGCUUUCAAAAUUCUUUGUGAAAUUAGGCUACUGAUUGAUGUAUUCUAAAGACCUGAAAUAUGUUCGUUGCUGUUUGCUUAAA